CUGUAGCAAAUGUGAAUUGUGAUGAAGUCAACACAGCAUCAGUCGGUAAUCAGCUUCUACGAGUUUCUGGCUGCUCCUUGCUGCUGCUGCUGAUUCUGUGUGCCAAUUGCGGGAAAUCUGGACAGGAGUCAGUUGAUCAGGGACAAUCGAGCCGGAGUGACACGCGUCGGGACGCUUCUUCACUGGAGUACCAGGUGUUUGGAGAGAUAUUCGGAAGUUUUGGGAAAGUGCGUCGGGAGUGUUUCUUCAGAAAUUGCGAAUACUUUUGUGUGGUUUUCGGAAAGUUCAAGUGCAUUAUCUGACACAAUUCCUAUGUAGAUAAAUAAUCUGGAAAACAUAAUCUAGUGUAGGGAGAAACGAAAUUCAGGCGAAAAUAGCCAAUUGUGAAUAUAAGUGCUGUGAUUUGUGAAUGUUUGGAGCUAUCGUGCGGCGGUAGAAAUUAGUUCACGUUGGAUUUCAAAUUCGUUUGGCAGCCACGAAGAAUGGGAACAGGUGACAGACUACUCGACAUCCCGUGCAAGGUGUGUGGCGACCGUAGCUCAGGAAAACACUAUGGCAUCUACAGCUGUGACGUUUUCUACUCCUCCUCCUCAGGCUGUUCCGGCUUCUUCAAGCGCAGCAUCCACCGGAACCGGGUGUACACGUGUAAGGCUGCCGGUGAACUGAAGGGUCGCUGCCCCGUCGACAAGACCCACCGGAACCAGUGCCGGGCUUGUCGUCUCUCCAAGUGCUUCCAGUCGGCGAUGAACAAGGACGCUGUUCAGCACGAGCGUGGACCGAGGAAGCCAAAACUGCAGCACCUCCAGCCGAAUGGUCCCCACGUGCACCACCUGGCGGGGCCAUUCGUGAACACGUCUUCGUACAGCCACGUGCAACACUUUGCCAACAUGCACCACCAGAAUGCAAUGCUUCAUCACCCGCAACCCCUGUCGUUUGCCCACCUCGGGCCUCACCAGAUGCCACCCUCGUUACUGCCUCCGGUGAAGCUGGAACAUACCAAAUUUGAGUUCCCGCAGGCCGCCGGUCAUCCCCCGAUGCCUUCGACGAUCUUGCCCCCGGUCAAGCUGGAGCAGACAAAGUUUUCCUCGUUCGAAUUCCUGCCUUCAUCGAACCAACGUGGGUUCUACAAACCCAUGGAACAGCUUCCACCCUCGCCAACGACCUCCAAGAGUUCCAUCAGUGUAGACUCUCCCUCGGAGUCCCUAACCAGCCCGCAGCCAUCGACGGUAGACUGCGGCUCAAGUGUCCUCAGUCCCACCCCGAUCAACGCCAGCAACCUCAGUCUUCCUUCGCCGCUGUCCCAAAACGGCGUCCUGGACAUUCUGAUGAGCUCGGACAAGUGCCAGGAGUUUAUCCAGUACCAGAUGCACAACAACAGCAACCUGAUGUUCCCCAGCUUCGGCUCUUCGGAAGGCAACGGAAAUGUGCCACCGCCACCAGCACCACCUCCACUGAUACCACACCCAACGGCAUUACCCGCCGCCGACAGCCCCGGAUUACGGUUACCCACGUGGGAGAUCCUACAGGAAACCACCGCUCGACUUCUGUUCAUGUCCGUGCGGUGGGUCCGCUGUCUGAUUCCGUUCCAGACACUGUCCAAAAACGACCAACAUCUACUACUCCAGGAAUCCUGGAAAGAGCUGUUCCUGCUCAACUUUGCUCAGUGGAGCGUACCCUGGGAUUUGAGCGCGCUGCUCGAGAGUCCGCCGGUGCGUGACCGGCUGCCCCAGGAUCCGGCCACCCAGAUGGAGAUGAAAACGAUGCAGGAGAUCCUGUGCCGCUUCCGGCAGAUCUCGCCCGACCUCAGCGAGCUCGGCUGCAUGAAGGCGGUGAUACUGUUUUCGCCCGAAACAUCCGAACUCUGCGACGUCCAGCCGGUCGAAAUGCUCCAGGACCAGGCCCAGUGCGUGCUGUCGGACCACGUGCGCGUCCGCUAUCCCCGCCAGCCGACGCGCUUCGGUCGGCUCCUGCUGCUGCUGCCACUGCUACGGACGAUCCGUUCCACCACCAUCGAGACGCUGUUCUUCAAGGAAACCAUCGGCACCGUGCCCAUCUCGCGGCUCCUGAUCGACAUGUACCAAAUGGAAAAGUACACCGAACUCGAGGCGGCCAACUCCGGUAGUGCCAGUGCCGGUGCCGUCGGAACGUCCCCCGUCAAAACCGCCUAGACGACGACCGGCUGCGGUCAACGCGCCUGAGUUCAGAACAGUUGCUUUUGCCUCACCGCGGGACACGUCGACCACAAUGGAACAAAUUUUUAAUUUGAAAAAACAUCCAACAAAUGUGUUCUCUUCCCAGGAUCAUGUCCCAUUCCACGUGUCGUCCCGUGGCGCCUUUACGACAUAUGUUUCGUGCCACACAGGUAAGAGUUGAUGGGAAAAAGAUGGGAAGUUACACAACAUCAGUGUGAGGAAAGGAAAAAAAAAGUUCAAGUGAGCAUCGCUGAAAAAAAUGUUUUCCUCGUACGCCCUCGGGAUGUUUGAGUUUUAUCCCGCUGAGCGAACAGAAUGCCACUUUCCCGCGAGAUCAGACCCUCCAUCUUGCAGGAAAACUUUGCGGGUAUAGAGCACAGAGCAUACCGCCUUCGCCGCAUGACAACAUUACAACAGUCUCAAAAUCAAAUCCUGCAGAUAUGUACCCAUUCUGCCAGUCAACCCGCAAGGGGGAAGGUGAUACGUGGUCAGGUCAGACGAUGUACUUUUCUUUCCUUUCAAUAUCCCACAGCCCAGGCGGAUUCCGACGGCGGAAAAGCAAUUUUCCUCCUACCUUGGGAGAAUAUUAUUUUUCAAUCUGUAAAACAAAUCUAAUCUAACGGUUCACUCCAUGCAUCAUGCCAAGAAGGAGCAGAAAAAAAACGUUGCAGGAAAACAAUUAGUCAUACCCGAGUCAACAUUCGAAACGAACAAAAACACGUACUACUAUCUAAUCGCUGAAUUUAUGCUAUUAACGAAAAGGAAAUUUUGUAGUGCUGUUAGUCUAGUCAAGCAAUCCCAUGGAUAAUAAUACAAUAAAAAAUGAAAAAAAAACUUACUGUACAAGACGUCGAAAAAAAGAAACUCAGAAAAAAUAUGUAUUACGCUAAUUUGUUGAUGAUGUAGUAAAUUUAUGAUAAUGGGUGAACAUAAUGGUAUUAAAGUCACUGUAAGUAAUUGACAAAAUAAUCAAAACAAA